AUGGUGUGGAGGUGCUUCUCCUGGUACGGGAUUGGCCCCCUGUACUGGGUGGAUAAGAUCAUGAAUCAGUACCUCUACGCCCAAAUCCUAAGGGAUGUUAUGCUGCGACAUGCCGAGUGGGAGAUGCCCCUGAAAUGGAAGUUCAUGCAGGAUGGCUAUCCGAAGCACUCCGCCAAGACCGUCAAAAAGUGGUUCCAGGACAACAAAGUCAACGUCAUGGUGAAACUUCAGAUUGCCAAGGUCUUUGGAGUCCAUGCCAUAGGACCAGCUGUUCAUCCGUUUUUCUCAAGACGCGAGGGUCUUCAAGUUAGCCAGGACUGCGUCACGUUCUGCGAUCGAGUCGUGUUCCCUGAACGGUUCCGCAAACGCAUCAUCCGACAACUCCACCGUGGACACCCUGGAAUCGGUAGGAUGAAGUCACUCGCCAGAAGCCCAACAUCGCCCAACAUCGACGAUGACGUUGAAUCACGUAGUCCCACGUCAAAACCGUGGGACAGAGUUCAUAUCGACUACGCUGGUCCAGUUGAUGGUUACUACUACCUUGUGGUGGUUGACGCCUAUUCGAAGUGGCCAGAAAUCUUCAGAACGCGAACCACAACAACCACCGUGACGCUGGAGAUUCUACAAGAAACAAUCGCAAGAUAUGGCAACCCGCAUAGUCUUGUGUCCGAUAACGGUACCCAGUUCGUUAGUAGCCGCUUCAAGCAAUUCUGCAAAGAAAAUGGUAUCCAGCACCUGACGACAACCCCGUACCAUCCCCAAUCCAACGGACAAGCCGAACGUUUCGUUGAUGCUCUCAAAAGAGGACUGAAGAAACUUGUGGAAGGGGAGAAGGCAGUAAUGUUCCAGGAUCUGCAGACGUUUCUAUCGGUUUACCGGUCAACACCAAACAGAAGCAUAGAUGGUAAGACGCCAGCUCAUCUGUUUCUAGGUCGACCGCUACGAAUGACACUGGAUGUGCUGAAGCCGUGUCCUCCAAGCCCACGCCGGUCAACGAAAAGCAAAAUUCCCAGUUCAACAGACGACAUGGUGCGAUGA